AUGGCCACCGAGACGCCUCAGGGCCUCUCAAGCUUUCCGGUGACGAAGCUAUGCACACUUUUGAGUUUAGGAAUACCAGUUUUUGCCUCAGUAGCCGGUGUCAAAUAUUGGUUUCUGCUUUACACCGAUCCAUUUAUCUCAACUUACAAACAGUACUACAGGUUGAUGACAUUCCAGAUUUCGGCGGUGAAUGAGACGGAUGUAAUACUAAUAACACUUAUAUGGUACUACUACAGGCAUCUGGAAAGACUGCUGGGCAGUCGAAAAUACUUGAGUCUGAUAGCAUUGACAUGGAUGUACACCAGCGUUGUUGUCCUUGUGACAGCUUGGAUAUUUAAUUUGAAUCCAUUCUUGAAGUGGAAUCGGUUCACCACUGGUGCUCUUCCCAUUGUGAUGAGUCUUUUCCAUUUUUACAAGGAGCACACGCCGCGAAUGUAUCGAUUUGACGUAAAAAUAAUCAAACCGUUGGGGUCCCGGUCCAAACAAAUCAAAUGGAGUUUCAAUGACCAGUUUGUAAUAAACGCUUUGGUUGCCAUCUUAAUGUUGAACCAGGGCCUCGUGGGGGUGGUUACCGCGUUCUUGAGCUGGAUGUGCGGCGUUUUCAUCGAACGAGGACUUUUCCCGGGAUCUGAAGUGUUCAGGCUCCCGCUAUUCAAGAAGAGUGCUCAACCAGGACCAUCAAGGGGUGUGGUAGCUGCCGGACCAGAGCCGAGCCCGUCUGAAUCAGGAAGUUUGCAUGCCGCACAAGGCGAGAAUGGCCAGGAAGUAGAGCCUGGCGAUGAGCCCAGUGACGAGCCUGCACGUCCCCUUGGGGUUCAAUUUCUAAACACGUUUAGGAUGUAG